CUUGAGCACGUGGUUCCGCGUAACGCUUUCGUGAAUGUUGUACGGAUAUCUAUUUUAAAUAUACUCAUGACCACGUUUUGUCUUUUAACAAUCGUUGCAUUUUCACAUUUUGUUUUAUACACUAGUAGCUUCCAAAAAAAGUUAACAGCGCAUGAGAACAAUUUAAAACUAUCAUGCUAUCAAGCAUUCCAUUGUGUUCACGACAAACUACGCCGGUGCGGUUAUAACUCAUAUACUCUUGAAGUGAGAUGGUUCCUGGACAGAUGCGAUAUAUCAGAAUUCAACUGCGAGUACAAAACUGGUAACGACAAUAAGCCUUCCGGUUGGUAAACAAGAAACACUGUGACCACAUUCCGCCUCUUUAACGACGUUUUACUACUAACUACAAGUUUCCAUAUUUUGAAUCAUAGGGAUGUUAUAAUUCAUAGCUGGACAAUACCUAGGCUUUGUAAACAGAGAUGGUUUUCAACAAAACACUAGUUUUAGUGCCACUCGCAAGUCGACCUCAACGGAAUCCUGACGAUACCGAAAUGGUCAUAAUUAAGACUACAGCAGCGUUCGUUGUGCUGUGCUGUGUGUUAUCCACAGUAUCGACGCACGGGCCGCCACAGGACCGUGACAGCGAAGACAUUGCCAUGGGGAGGAAGGUAAAAAAAAUGGGGGCAAAAUGGUGCAGUAUGGCAAAGGUGUGCAACCACGACCGCGUGCCUGUUUGCGGCGUAAGCCACGCCGGUGACAUCAUGGGUUUCCGCGACUUAUGCGACAUGUUUGAUUUCAACUGUAUCAGGAGGCGAAACUAUAAGCAGACCAGCUGUCCAGAUGACAAAUCGAUACUAACCAUUUCCCGGCGACCCACCAGCACUUUCUACGACGAUUGAUUACAAUAUUAUUCCUAUUUUACAUUUCUUUCAAUCAAUGCCAUAACUUCAUAUUUGAUAUUUUAUAUAGCAAACCUUUGUACGUUCUAAUUUUCUUGUGUGUUAAUUUGAGAUAGUAAACUUAUACAUUAUCAGUAAAUGUGUUGUCUUUAGCUAUUAUUGUUCCUAAUUUUUUUUUAUGAUGACAGUUUUUUAUGA